AGUCACGUGAUUAUUAUCGGACUUUUGUCGCUACCCGUUCCUUUCUUUAAUAUAUUCGUAUGAGCUGAAUGUGAUAUUAUACCAAAAAAAAUGAUCUGGAAAAUUAGUUUAUUUUUGUUUAUUUCUGUGGCUUCUGUUUGGGGUGCGCCAUCAUUUGAUCCAAAUUUAAAAAAGGAUUAUUUAAUGUGUGAAGUGUGCCAUGUGAUAGUGAGGGAUUUACAAAUACUCGUGGCCGAAAACAACACACAGGAAAAAGCUGAAGGUGUUUUAACUGAUAUCUGUAACCGACUAACAGCAAAUGCUGACACAUGUCUUGCCUUUGUCAAAGACAAUAUUGGAAAGGUCUUUUCAAAACUUUCUGAUGGUUUGGACCCAGAACAGAUUUGUAUAUCGUUAAAAGUAUGUCCCUCACUGGAACAGGACUUUUUAACCAAAGUUUUACCAGCACCUGUCAGUAAUGAUGUUUUACCUGUCAGCUAUGAUGUCAUACAAGCACCUGUCAGUAAUGAUGUCAUACCAAAUGAAAUUAAUGAGAUAACACAGGAUAUUGGUGCUAAUCCAAUAGAAUGUGAGUUAUGCAAGCUUGUAGUUUCCUAUGUUGAGAAAAGACUCCUGAACAACAAAUCUGAAGAUGCUAUCAAUGCUACACUAGAAGAGAUUUGUAAUGAACUACCUGGUCAAUUAGGAGCACUGUGUCAGAAGUUUGAGCCACUGUUACUAAAAGCUUUAGUGGAUGAGUUCUCAGCAGACAAAGCUUGCAAGGCUAUCAAAGUUUGUACAGCAGAAGAUGCUUUUAUUGUCCAUGAACCAGUUUUAUCCUGUAAAGACUGUAAAGAGAUUAUGGAAGGACUUGCUGGAGAGACAGGUAUACAGGUCUGUUUACAAACGGCAGGUAUCUGUGGGAAAUCAAAGACCCAUAUCCACCAUGAGAUUACCAACUCAGUGGAACCAGAAAAUUUUGAGGAGCCAAGUGGAGUAGCAGAAUGUACCUUAUGUAAAUUUGUGAUGCGUGAAGUAGAUAACUUACUCAGCGCUAACAAAUCAGAAGCAGCCGUCAAUGCAUCAUUACAACAGAUAUGUAACUCUCUACCAGAUCAACUCCAGGGACUCUGCCAACAGUUUGCUCCAAUUUUAUUGAUAGCCAUUAAAAAUGGUUUGGAUCCUAACAUGGCUUGUACAACAAUAAAACUAUGUAAUAAUGAAGAAGAUGAUUAUGAUAUGGUGGAAAAGAUAGAGUUUGAUUAUGACUUGGUUCAGAAAGAAGCUUUGGAAAAGUAUGAAAAAGAAGAAGAAAAUAAUGCCAAAGCCAGUAUAGGAUGUACUUUGUGUAAAUUUAUCAUACAAGAGAUUGACCACUUCAUUGUAACAAAUGAGUCUUCUGCAGCCAUUAAUGCUUCUGUAUAUAACUUGUGUAGUAAACUACCUGCUCCACUAGACAAACUGUGUUAUGGAUAUGCACCAGUUAUUGUACAAGAUGUUGUGUCAGGAUUUGAUCCUGAACUGACAUGUGAAAAAGUAAAGUUGUGUACAAAUGACAGUAUAGCAUUGACAAAAGAUUUCCCUUCCAGUAAUAUUGAAGAAGUUAUGAUAAAGGCUGGUCCAGAAUGUGCAAUAUGCAAAUUAAUUGUUCAGGAAAUAGACUCAUUUAUAGCAAAGAACCAAACAGCCAAUCAGAUCAAUGCUACUGUAUAUGCAUUUUGUGGUAAAUUACCUGGUGCAUUGACGUCUUUGUGUAUGACAUACGCCCCCAUUAUAGUUAACGAUGUUGUAUUAGGAUUUGAUCCAGAGAAGACAUGUGAAAAAGUCAAACUAUGUACAAGUGACAGUAUUAUGUUGUCACCAAAAUCUGAAGCAAACAAGAUUGAAAAGAAGAUCAAGGAAAAAGUUGAGGCUGGUCCAGAAUGUGCCAUAUGCAAAUUAAUUGUUCAGGAAAUAGACUCAUACAUUGCAAAGAAUGAAACAGCCAGUCAGAUCAAUGCUACUGUAUAUGAGUUUUGUGGUAAAUUACCUGGUCCAUUGAAGUCUUUGUGUAUGACAUAUGCACCCAUUAUAGUUAACGAUGUUGUGUUAGGAUUCGAUCCAAAGAAGACAUGUGAAAAAGUCAAACUAUGUACUAAUGACAGUAUAUCAUGGUCACCUAAAUUUGGACCAAAACAGAUUGAGAAGAUGAUCACAGAAAGAGUUGAGGCAAGCAUAGGUUGUACCUUGUGUAAGUUUUUAAUACAAGAGAUCGACAACUUCAUUGUACAGAAUCAGUCAUCUUCAGCCAUUAACGCUUCAGUAUAUAACUUGUGUAGUAAACUACCAGCUCCACUUGACAAACUGUGUUACGGAUAUGCACCAGUUAUUGUACAAGAUGUUGUGUCAGGAUUUGACCCUAAACAGACAUGUGAUAAGUUUAAGUUGUGUACAAAUGGAAGUUUGUCAUAUCAAGAUAGUCAACUAGAAUUUACUGAGGAUUUCAAAGAUUUGAAGGAUGGUCCAGAAUGUGCCAUAUGUAAAUUACUUGUACAGGAAAUUGACUCGUAUAUAGUACAGAACAAAUCUGCUGCUGAGAUCAAUGCUACUGUGUAUGAAUUUUGCAAUAAACUCCCAGCUCCAUUGAAUUCUAUGUGUACUCAAUAUGCCCCAAUGAUUGUUAAAGAUGUUACCUUAGGCUUUGAUCCUGAACAGACCUGUGAAAAAGUACAGUUAUGUACAAAUAACAGUUUUAUCCAACCAUUCUUUGAAGAAGUUGUACCAAAAGAACUUACAGAAGAGAAAGUUGAAGCAGAUGCAAAAUGUGAGUUGUGUGAAUUUGUAGUCCAGCUACUUGACCAGUAUUUGGCCAGUAAUAAGACAACUGCUGCUGUUAAUUCCUCUGUCAUGCAGAUCUGUAAUCUAUUACCAGGAAGUUUAAAAGGACAGUGUAUUUUAUUUGCACCACAAGUUGUAACCAUAGUAACCAGUGGAGUGGCACCAGUAAAUGCAUGUAAACAAGCUAAACUCUGCCCAGCAGUUAAUGGACCAUUUUUCCAGAAAGAAUUAACAGAAAUGUCAUGUGGUCAAUGUCAUGGUAUUGUUGAGUUCCUCUUACCAAAGAAAUACAAUCCUGAGUUUGGAAGUUUGAUAUGUAAAGCUGCUUGUCCAGUUGCCAGACGCAGGAGAUCAGUAGAUGAAACACCACAAAUAUUUCUGGAAUUUAUGAAAACAGCAAAAAUGACUAAAACCUGGAGAUGUGAUUUGUGUGAAUGGAUUAUAGAAGCUAUCAAUGCUUAUGUACAGACCAAUGUAACAGAACAGUCACUAGAGGACUACAUGAAUGAUAUUUGUCAUUUUAUGCCAGAACCAUUUAAGGAUGAGUGUAUGAAGAGUGUACCAGAAAUAAUAAAAGAAUUAUCCCAUGGAUUUGAUGAGGAUGUUCUGUGUCAGCAUUAUAUCCCUGAUGAAUGUAAUGGUUCUUUUGUUGCUGCAGUAGACAAACCAGUUGCAGUUUUCUUUGAUGAGAAGAUGAAGGAUAAAGAUGCAGAGUGUGAAAUAUGUAAAGAAAUCAUCAAAUACAUCGAUGAAAAUCUUAAUCAUGAUAAGAACGAAGUUAAGAUGUAUGUAGAUGAUGUUUGUGAAAGAUUACCAUCACCAACUAAAAACGCAUGUAAAUUAUUUGCUGCAGCAGAAAUGGAAGAAAUCUUACUGAAGAUUAUCAACAAAAUACUUUCUCCUGACGAUGUGUGUCACAUGAUAACUGUGUGCUAAAUAUUUUAAAGAUUCACAAUUGAUAACUUUAAAUAA